CGGUUCGUUACAUUGGAAAUAAAGCAAUGUCGAAGAACUGUAAGCACCACCGACUCUAUAGUAUAGCGUGCGUGAUUUCUUGCAAGAGGUUUGUUUUUAUUUGAACUUGGAUUAUUGUGAUGAUUUGUAUAAGUGUGUUUAUAGUGCAACAUCCGCUAGCGUACGCAAGCAUUCAUUAAGAUAAUACGCAAAGUUGAUUUCAUAUUAUCAUAAAAUUGUCUCCUACAUCGAAAUGUCUGCACCUUGUCUUGAUGCAACAAAGGAGGCCAAAGAAAAACAAGACGCAUCAUCAUCAGAGCAAAGUAGUAUUGUAAAGAAAUCACCUGAGACAAGUUCACAAACGUCCAGCUUAAAGAAGGAACGUGAACCUGAUACAAAUGACAACAGCUGUAUACAACCUGAAAAAAGAAGAAUAGCUGGGUCUCCAGACCCAGAAUCAUCUAAGCUUAACAAUACUCCUUCAGAUCUAUCUUCUGGCAGCAGUAGAGAAAAGGAAGAACCAUGUAAAUCGGAAGCAAAUACUGACAAUACACAAUUAAUUGCAGAACAUUAUAACAUGAUAGAAGACAAAGGACUAUCGUGCAGAAAUCAAAGUCGCAUCUUAUAUAUGAGAAAUUUCAAUAAUUGGAUUAAGAGCAUGCUUAUAUCUGAAUAUAUUGAUAAGGUUAAACAGGAUAAAGUGCAUGGAUCUUCUUUAAAGGUAUUAGAUAUGUGUUGUGGGAAGGGAGGAGAUCUACUUAAAUGGAAGAAAGGAAAUGUAACGCACGUUAUUUGCACUGAUUUGGCUAAAAUAUCUGUUGAUCAAUGCCAAAAUCGAUAUAAUGAAUUAGUGAAUAAAAGUUCCAAUGACUGUGGAUUUGAUCCUAUUUUCACUGCUGAAUUUAUAGUAGCAGAUUGUACCAAGGGCCAAUUAAGAGAAAAAUAUAAGGAUGCCAGUGUGCAACUCGAUUUGGUCAGCUGCCAAUUUGCAUUCCAUUAUAGCUUUGAAACAUUACCACAAGCAGAAUGUAUGAUAAAAAAUGCUAGCGAAUGUCUUAGAACAGGAGGUUACUUUAUUGGGACUAUUCCAGAUGCAUAUGAUCUAGUUUCUAGGUGGCAAAAAUGCAAUAGUAACAAGAUUGGAAAUGAUAUUUAUAGCAUAGAAUUUCUAUGCGACAAAGUGAAACCACCUCUUUUUGGAGCUAAAUACAGUUUUCACCUAGAAGGUGUCGUGAAUUGCCCAGAAUUUCUUGUUCAUUUACCUACGUUUUGUAAAUUAGCUUCAAAAUAUGGUUUAGAAUUAGUGACAUUCGAAAGAUUUGAGAACUAUUAUGAACGUAUGAAAGACGAAGGCAAAUUAUUACUUAGUAAAAUGCAAGCUUUAGAAACUUAUCCACCAUAUCAUGGGGUACCGCUUCUUGGCCAACCUGGGCAAGAUUAUCAGCAUGUUAUACAGUAUAUGCAAAAUAUACCAAAUCAUCGUAAAGUCGGUACUCUGUCUGGAGCGGAAUGGGAAGUUACUUCAUUGUAUGCUGUAUUCGUCUUUCAAAAGCUUAAAAUGGUGAGGAAUAGCGAAGGAAAGCCAGAAUAUGUAAAAUUAUAAGAAUUAGGAGCUCGUUAGGAAUUAAAAAUUAGGAAUAGUUUAGAAAUUACAAGUUUAAAAAAAAAUUAUGAUCAAUGACUUUAUAUUGUACAAACUAGUCUGUUACUAUAGAAUUACACAUAUGUAAAACUAUAGUAUACAGUCGGUGAUAUUUUAUAUAAUCUUUUUUUAAUGAGUUUCAAUAAUACAUCACGCAUAAUAAUCGAAUCUAUUAUAAAUUUUCAUCUGUAUAACUGUCUGUAUAAAAUAUGACUUAUAUAAAUUGUUUAUAGAGUCUGAUCGCUGUUUACAUAAAGUUGAAAUUUGACAAUUCAGUACUGUCGCUUGUAUAAUAACAUAAGAUGAUUGUAUAAAGUAUUUAACACACAUUUUUAUUUGUUUAAUAAUUUUAAGUGUAUUUAUCUAAGACAAGAAAUGUAUCUACCUAAAACUUGUGUUAGGUACAUCUAUGAAUUAAGAAAAGAAAAAGAAAACAUGAAAUUUUGACAUGUAUUAGAAAGUCAAGAUGUAUUGUUUAUUUUAGUUUUUAUAAGAAAAAAAAAGUAAAUAAAAACCGCUAUUAAUGUA